CCUUUUUUUUUGUUUUUUUUGGCACCGCCGGGACGGAACUCCUCCGACUUAUCUUUGCCCGCGCGGACAAACCGGCACAAUUGCAAUCUCACCUGAGCUGCUUCGCCGGCGAAAUGGCGGGCACAGCAACUAUAGACCCAUAUGCCAGGUCCUCCCGACGCGACCUCGACGAUCUCUACACCAUCCCAAUCCACUCCAGUUGGUUCUCUUGGGAUGAAAUCCACGAGACCGAGAGGGUCGCCUUGAAGGAGUUCUUUGAUUUGAGCUCAAUAUCGAGAACCCCUAAGAUUUACAAAGAGUACAGGGACUUCAUCAUCAACAAGUACCGGGAAGAUCCUUCCGGACGCCUCGCCUUCACCCAAGUCCGCAAGUCCCUCGUAGGUGACGUCACCCUACUCCACAAGGUCUUCCUCUUCUUGGAGAAGUGGGGUUUGAUCAACUUCGGCGCCACUGACUAUGGCGCUGUAAAAGCAGUUGGAGAUACUGAGCUCAAGCAUCAUAAGGUCGAUGUCGAGGAGGGAGUUCCAAACGGCAUCCGUGUCGUGGCGGUGCCGAAUUCUGGUCGACCCCUGUCUGCACCUACAACUACUAAGCGCACUGGUGGGCCAUCCAGGGAGGUUUCUGGGAUCCCACCGCUGGCGUCUUUCUCCGAUGUUUUCAGGGAUGCCAUGCAGCACAAGGCAUUGGCCUGCAGAAACUGUUCUGCCAUUUGCUAUUCGGGAUGCUAUGAAUCGACAAAGGAGGAGGGAUUUGUCAUCUGCAUAAACUGUUUGAAGAAUGAAAAUCUUGGAGAGAACAAAUCAAAGGAUGAUUUUAGGUUCAGCGACUGCAAAGGCAGUGAUGGUAAUCAUGGAGCUGAGUGGACCGAAGCAGAAACUCUGCUUCUUUUGGAAUCUGUUUUAAAGCAUGGGGAUGACUGGGAGCUUGUUGCUCAAAUUAUUGGGAACAAGAGUAAGCUCGAUUGCAUAUUGAAGCUCAUCGAGUUGCCUUUUGGUGAAUUCAUGUUCGGUUCUGCCUACAGAGCUGGUAAAAAUGAUGAUCCUGAUGGUAAUGUGAACAAGCAGCUUCAGAGACCUCUGGCUCGGUCUCCAGAAAUUAUUGAAUCAGAUGAUCAGCAUAAGAAAACGGAGAAGACUGAGGAGAUUCAGAAUGGAGACAGUGGAGACAGUGCGAACCAAGAACCUCCUCUUAAAAGGAAGCGUGUUAACGCCCUUCCAAGUGGUGGCGUUUCCCUGAUGAAACAGGCAGCUUUGAUGUCUGCAACGGUCAGCCCAGAUAUUGCUGCUGCUUCAGCUGAGACUGCAGUCACUGCAAUUUGUAAUGAAACCUCGUGCUCUAGGGAGAUAUUUGAUGGUCAGGAGGUCUUUACAGGAAAUGAUUCACGUGCUCUUGCUGGGUUGCAUAGUGGCACUGUGGUCGGAGAUUUCAGUAUGAAGGAUGAGCUCAGUCAAGCAGCAGAAGCUCCAGAAGUACCGGCAAGUAAAACUGUCAUUCCUUUACGAAUGAGAGCUGCAACUGCAGCAGCUCUAGGGGCAGCUGCUGCUCAUGCAAAAUUACUUGCUGAUCAAGAAGACAGAGAGAUUGAACAUUUGGUGGCAAGUGUAAUUGAAACUCAGAUGAAGAAAGUCCAGUACAAAAUGAAGCAUUUUGAAGAUCUGGAGCUCAUAAUGGAGAAAGAAUUUGCAGAAAUGGAAAAUCUAAAAGAAGCAAUCACAUCAGAACGGUUGCAUGUUUUAGAAAGAGCACUGCGUGCAGGCAUAUCUAGGUGGAUGGAUCAUCCAUCUUUGAAGUGUUAAGACUGGGGAGCACGUUGGUGUAGUCUAUAUGCAAUUUUGUGAUGAUGCAGCACCAUGCAGCAUUCAAGCCUCUUGGAUACAGUAGCUGGCUUCCCCUGGAUAUAUCCUCUAGGCUUAGAUGGUCUUGUUUUGUUGUUUAUCCUUUUACACAUUCCCCCCCCCCCCCCAAGCAUGGUCUCCUCCUCCAGCUCCCUUUCAUCUAGCAGAAGAAUCAAUUCUGUAUUUCUGUGAAGGUCGGCUUCUUUGAGAUAAUUUCGUAUAAUAGUUAUGGCAACUUUUUCUUGUACUCUUUUAAACCCAGAUGACAAGGUAUGCCAGUGAAGGCUCGCCAUUGAUCUCUCAAACUCAUGCAGUUGAAUCAGCUCAUACGAUUGCAACUUUAUGAUGGACAUAGAUAACUUAGCAGCAGAAGGAGAGCUGUUUCCAAUCGGUUGUACACACAUGCGCUAACGGCCUUUUAAUAGGUUAUUCAUCCUUUGGAGCUGGGUUUUUAAAUUGCUCUCUCAUUAGAAGGGGUCUGCGAAGAGCAAUUGCUCUACUACUGGUCCACUGGAUACGAUCGGUCUGGUUUGGUUAUAGGACUUUGUUCAAGUUUGGUGGUUUUCUUAUGCAGCUGGGGAUGGAAGAGCCAUAUGAUUCAGGGAAACAAGGAUAAAAUGCUUGGAGGCCAUUGAUUCCUGAUAUCUUUUACGGUAACUUCCGGGAGGCAAAACAUUGCUGAGAAGGAAGAAGUUGUAAGUGGCAUCCUGAGGAUUCAGGAAGGUGAGGAUCCAAGAUGAUGGGUGAGAUUCCAGGGUUGGACUGCUGUGCUAUCAUUGCAAUGUCAACUUUCCCUCUUUAAAAAGUUAAAAAGAGAUUUUAUUUUCGAGUUUCUGAGGGGAAUAUCUGAAUGGUCAGAGUAAGUAGAACAUCUGUUGAUAAGUCUGGUUGGGGCGAUGGAUGUAAGCUGUCCUGUUGUUUGUAUCCUGUAAAGGCCAUUCCCGUCUGUUAUUUUGUAUCAUAUCAUGUAAAGGACUAUUCUCCACAAAGGGAAGGGGGCAUGUAAAUGCAUCUAUUCAGGAGGAAGUAUUGAAGCACAGCUUUUAUAGCUGUCCUGUCCUGUCCAGUCCAGUCCAGUCCAGUCCAUCAUCCCAUUCCGUUUGUGUAUUCUAUUCUGUUCAAUCCUAUUAGAGCUGUCGGAUUUACUUUUGACCA